CAAUCUCACAGCUGCUCAAGACUUUUGCGAAUACCUUGUAAGACAGAUGUUAAACCAAGAAGGAACUGGCGGAUCCUGCAUUUACCUGCGGCCCUGCAGCCCUCCCGAAUCUUCCAGGAUAAACUGCAGGCUCUACUGGGCUGUGCCCACCUCAGGGUGGUCUCUGUGGAUGGCUGCACCAUGGCAUCAGGAAAUGACUCAAAACAAUCUACAGAUUCCAUUGAGGAAGGGGAUGAAGAUGUGUUGUUUCUCUCAGUCCAGGAGAUUUUGAGAGCAGCGGGAAUGGUCAAUGCAGAUGUGCUGACAGAGACCUUUCAACUUUUGAUGGAUGCAGCAAAGGAGCAUGGGAGCACCCUGCCUGGGCUGGUUCCUGAUGGCCAGUACCUCCCUGCACCUCCGUUAUAUUGUCCUCAACCUGCUAUUGACACGGAGAGCACUGCUCAGGAUUCCGGAUUAUACGCAGAGAAAGCUGCUCGGCACAAAUUGUCAGACAUCAUCCAGCGGCACCUUCUGCUAUUCAGGGCUGCUCGCUGCUCGCUGCCAGCAGCACACUGGUACAUCAACAAACUCCGAUCUGCUCAGAAGGUCAUGAAUAAGAUCAGAGGAAAGGCUGGUCUCCAUCCACUCCCUCCCUUCCCUGACUCGUUGCUACGUUAUGGGAAAGCUCGGAGCAGUUUCUUCAGACCGGGAGCCGGGGGCGAUGCAAGCUCUGAUGCGAUCUCCAGCGCAGUAAUCAGCUGUUUUCGAGACCUGUGUGGAUUGUGCUGGAUGUUCCAUGUCCGUGAAAGACUGAGUGAGAGCUGUCGCAAAUAUCAAAAAGCCAGAGACAAUACCAGAUCCUCUCAGAACUACGAGGUGACAACAGAUUAUGAUGCUGCUGUGGUUGACCACUGUCUGAAUUCCUGGA